GUGUGUGUGUGUGUGUGUGUGUGUGUGUGUGUGUGUGUGGUGUGUGUGUGUGCAUGCGUGCGUGUGUGUCUGUCCGUGUAUGUAAGUACGCAUAUGUGUGCAUCGCACGUGCGAUAAUUAAAAACUCUUCAUACCCGCAGAUUUUUUCUCAGCUUCCCCUCUGCUUUAGAUUCGUGUCAGGGCGCAGCGCUAUAAACAUUUCUGCAUACUUCUAGACAGGAAGCAGAGUGAACAGAAAGAAAACAAAUAUUGGGAGAGUAAGUGGCAUUAAAUGAAGCGGGUAAGAAGAUUGGGAAACCCCAUACGAAAAGCAUGGAUACGACCUUAAAAAUAGCAAAAUAAAUUUAUACGAGUUGCUAGGAAACCUAAGAAAAUAAAGGAAAAGGAAAGGACAGAAAUGAAAAAGAAAUCUCAAAGAGAUUGCCGAGGUGAACACUAUAUAAACAAAUUUCGAAGACGAGAAAAAUACGUUUUUAAUCACAACACAAUUCGAUGUGAGAUAAGCGCCAAGGAAACGUAUUACUUCGGCCACAUGGACACGAAGACAAGCAACUAUCUGAUUUCAUAAUGUGGAUCAUUUGAAUUGUCAUCAUGAAGAAAGUCUUAUCCCAUCUACCAACAGUAACACCAGUUAAUGUUAACCAACUUCAUACUCGCAGUAAUGCCUCGGCAGGACUAUGGCUGGUCAUUUUAAUACCACUGGCUUGUAGUCCCGGGCUAUAUGAAGCAUACUCCCACUGCUCCCCAACACCCAAGCUUUUGGCUCUGUUAGCAUUCCAGGUUGGAGUAUCAGGAAUACAUCUGUAUCACAAAUUCUGUAUGUCAGGAAAACAACAAAAUGAAGAACCAAGCAAAACAGAAAUAUCAUUUUUAGGAAAAUAUGUGUUACAUCCAUAUAUUCCUGCAUUAGUCACUGCAGCAGCUCUGUCUCUCCUUACUGGUAUAUCUCCUCCAGUUGCAAUCAUAAUCUCAAGUAUAUGCUUGUUGGUUAUGUAUACCUCAACCAAGUGGCUUCUUACAAAUUUUCCUGGAAGUUUCACUCUAGGAGAAGGAGCUUUGCUGGGGCAAGCUACUUCAUUGUCUGUUACUUGGUCUGUCUAUAGUCUGUUUCAGACUACUCUAAGUCAACAACAGUUGUCAGAAACACAGGAAACUAGUGUGUUUAUUCAGACAGCGAUACUGGUUGUGUUCCUCUUCACUGCUGGGUUGUACAAAUUACCUGCACUCCAAACCCCUGAAGUAUUUGUGCUAUACAUAUGCUUGUCUGGAGCUGUUGGAGUAUUGGUAACAUCAUUGAUUAUGGGGCAGUGGUCACCCCUGUGGCUAUAUGAAAUCAUAUCUACAAAACCUGACAGACAGAUUUUGAUGGCUUGGUGGUCACUUCUCAGUGUUUUAUCUGUGGUCAUCACCAUAAUAGCUAAAAGGACAAAAAAGCUACCAACAACUAUUCUUCGGAAGGUGUAUCAUUUGAUUAUAGUUCUGGUAUUUACACCAGGUAUUAUAUUCGAACCAACCAUCACUCAACUGGCUGCUACAGCUGCACUGAUGCUAUGCUGGAUAUUAGAGUGUGUGAGAGAUCUGAAAAUUGAGCCCAUUGCAUCUGUAAUAUAUGAUGCUUUCGUAACUUUCUUAGAUGAGAAAGAUAAAGGUUCAUUGAUUUUAAGCCAUCUCUACCUGUUAGCUGGAGUUGCUGCUCCACUGUGGAUCAGCCCAUGUCCUCUAAAAGAAUCACCUAUUGGCUUAAAGACAGCAGGGAGUUUAUUGCCUCUUCUAGCAGGUAUUCUAGCAGUGGGUGUUGGUGAUACAGCUGCCUCCGUAGGUGGAACAUAUUUUGGUAAAAGGCACUGGUUUGGCACAAAAAAAACUGUUGAAGGAAGUUUAUGUGGCAUCUUGGCUCAAAUGUCAAUGGUAGGUCUCCUAGUAACAUUUGGAAUAAUCAAUAUGUCACUACCAGCAUGGGGGCGGCUCUUUCUCUCAACUAUUGUAGUGGCCAUUGUCGAGGCUCUAACAGAUCAAGUGGAUAAUAUCGUUUUGCCAUUACUUAUGUACACCCCACUUAUGGACAUAUAGUAUUGGGGAAAAUGUGUUUCUAUCUAUUAAAAAUUAACUUCA